UACUUAUUUCCUUUUUAGAAAAUGGAUUCUGCAUCUCUCUUACCAACAUUUUUAGAUGUGGAUUUGACAGUAUCACAUAUUGAAUGUCUUCCCAAGGAUGUCCUGGUGAAAUUUCAAGGCAGAAAUACUAAUGAAUGUGAGUUUGACUACCACAUAUUGCAGAGGGAAAUACAACAUAUUCCAAAAAUGAAAAAUAAUGUGGACAUUGAUGAAUUUUGUUUGGUUGAAGAAAAAGUAUCUGGAGAAUGGCAGAGAGGAAGAGUUGUGGAAAAAAAAAAUGAACUUUAUACAGUGCUUCUUAUAGACCGUGGAGAAGAACUAAGGGUUGAUAGUACGCAGGUUGCUUCAGCAUGCAGCAAUUUAUUUGAACUACCAUCACGGAUAAUAUUUGGUAUUUUUGCCAACGUACUACCAAUUGGGGAAAAAUGGUCUCCUAAGGCUUUGAAUUACUUUAAGUCAUUAGUAGGAAUACAUGUGAAAGGUUAUGUGCAAGCUAUUUUGCCCCUACAAUUGGUUCUUCUUGAAGUGCCAAAAAUUAUAUCCCAGGUUCUUGACUUUCAAUUAGGAAGACUUAUUGAUGGAGAUUCAUUUCGUCUUAUUGUGGAAAUGUUAAAAGAAUUUCCUCAACAAAUGCCAGAUUUAUUACAACAUAAAAGACCUGAAUUGUCAUUAAGUAAUAAUGAUACUUCACUUGAUAUUCAACAUGUUCUGGAUAAUUUGCAGCCAUAUUUGGCAGUAGGAAGUACUGAAAGUGUAAAGAUAUCAUCUGCACUGAGCCCAAGUAAAUUUUAUUGUCAAUUAAUUAAAUGGAUUCCAGAGCUAGAAAACUUGACAAUGUGUAUGACUUUGCAUUAUGAUACUAUUAGUCAAGAAACAGGUCCCACAUGUGAUAAUUUUGGACUACUUUGUGUUGCCAAAAGGAUGAAUGGACAGUGGCAUAGAGGAAUUCUUCAGCAGCUCUUGCCCAAUAAUCAAGUAAAAAUUUGGUUUAUGGAUUAUGGCAGUAGUGAGGCUAUACCGUCAAUUUAUGUAAAGAAACUUAAACAGGAUUUUAUUUUAGUGCCAUUAUUUUCAUUUCCAUGUUCUCUUACAUAUUUGCACAGUCCAGAUAAAGAUGGAAGAAAAUAUCAACUGAGUGUAUUUAAACAAGCCUUAUUAGGACAGAUAUUGCUUCAAGUUACAGCAAAAAAAGAUGACAAAUAUACUGUAAAUAUUCAAAGUAUUGAAGCCUCAGAAAAUAUCGAUGUUGUCUCUCUUAUGUUACAAGCUGGAUAUGCAGAAAAUUGGGAAGUAGAACCAGAAUGUUUUCCAAAAUCUGUGAGUGAAUAUUCAGUGUUAAAUUUAAAAUCUAAAAACAAAGUUAAUAUUAAAAAAGUCAUAUCUGCCCGUCUUGAAGGACCUAAAUCUAAAAAGUAUCAUUCAAAUAAAGUAGAGGAAAAUAACUUGUCUUUGUCAAAGUCCCCAGAUGUUAAGAUCUUAGAUUUAAAAAAUCCUUUUACUCCUGUGGGGACUGAGUCAUUAUCUUAUAAAGAAUAUAUUUUUAAGCCAGGAACAGUUCUUGAAGUUAAAUGUUCUUAUUAUUAUGGCCCAGGUGACUUUUCAUGCCAGCUCCAAUGUAAGUUAGAAGACCUAAAAUUACUAAUGGAACAAAUUCAGAGUUAUUACAGUGUUCAUUCUGAUCCUUAUCAGAAUGGGCAGAUUGCUUGUGUUGCUAAGUAUUCCAAAGACGGGAAGUGGUACAGAGCUGCUGUUUUGACUCAAGUGUCAAAAAAGGAAGUUGACACAAUAUUUGUUGACUAUGGUUACCAAGAAAGAGUUUUAAUUAAAGAUAUUUGUGGUAUUAACCCACGUUUUCUUUUUUUGGAAGGCCAAGCCUUCAGAUGUUGUCUUAACUAUUUGGUUGAACCCACUAGUUGUAAGUUACUCAAUUGGACAGGAGAAGCAUCCAGAAACUUUGGGAAAUUUAUCUCUUCAUCUAGAGGGUUAUUGACUUGUAUUGUCCGUGCCUUAGUUCUUAUACAUCCUAACUGUUUAUGUAAUUUGGUGGAUUUACAAUCCUCAUUUACUAGUGCACAAGAAUUUCUUAUUAUUUAUGGCUCUGCUCAGUAUAGCACAUUAUCAAAGCCACUCCCAUCUUCAGUUAGUCUUUAUAGUUACUAUCAUUCUUCAUUUAAUAUAAAAGUUGGAAGUGAAGAAGAAGUAUAUAUAUCUCACAUAUAUAGUCCCAAAAAGUUUUAUUGCCAGCUUGGUAAAAAUAAUAAAGAUCUAGAAAUGAUAGAAAAAAAAAUCACAGAGAUUAUUAACCUCAAAAAUUGUCCAAUAUAUGAUUCUAAAAAAAUGAGAUUGUGUAUAUCUAAGUACAUGGAGGAUGGUUUCUCAUAUAGAGCUUUAGCAAUGCCAACAGAUUCAUCAUCUGACUUUCUGGUCUAUUUUGUAGACUUUGGAAAUAAGCAGCUAGUAGAAAAAAACAUGUUGAGGGCCAUUUCAGAUCAGUUUCCAGAGUUACUGUUUACACCUAUGCAAGCUAUUAAGUGUUUUUUGUCAGAUCUUGGAGAUGUAGAUAUUCCAGCAGAAAUCAAUAGCUGGUUUGAAGAUAGUUUCUUGGGAAAACCAUUAAAGGCAGUAAUAUUGUCCAGGGAGUCAGAUGGCCAGCUUGGUGUAGAAUUGUAUGAUGGAAAUCAACAUAUAAAUCAGAAAAUUAAAACGUUGCUUCAUGCUUAUGAAAAAAAACAUUGUGACCAAGCACACUGUGUAGAAGAGAGUCAUAAAAUAAAUGAGAAUAAGAGACUUGCUUCUUUGAAAAGCAAAAUAGAAAAUGACUAUCACCAUAAUAUGAUAAAUAACACUAGUUUGGUAACAUAUUCUGAAGGAAAAAUAGAUCAAUUAUUGAAUCCCAAAAGUACAUAUGCCAGGCUUUUGAGACCUUCAUUUUGUUACAAAAUUGAACCUGUGUCAAAAAACAAAGUGAAGAAGUCUUUAAAUGACGGACCUAAAAGUGUAAAAAUUGUCCCUCAAUAUACACGUAGUCUUGAUGAAAGUGGUGUGGGCCAAAAAUCAGUAAAGAUUGUAUCACAAUCUUUUAUCAGAAAGUUAAAUCAAGCAGCCUCACAAAACCUAUGUAACCUUAAUAGACCACAGAUCAAAGACCUUCCUCAACCCAACAUUUACUUGAAUGUGAAAAUUAAAGGAUAUGUUUCUAAUAUCAGUAAUCCAGCAAGUUUCCAUAUUCAGCUUGCUGAGAAUGAAAAUGUAAUCAUCAGACUUGCAGAUGCUCUAAAUGAAAGAAGAGAAAAUAGAGUGAAAGAGAGAAAAUCAGUUAAACCUCUGGUGGGAGAUCUUGUGGCUGCAGAAUACGCUGGUGACAGUGCCAUUUACAGAGCAGUUAUUAAGAAAAUUUUGCCAGAGAAUUCUUUUGAAGUGGAAUUUAUUGACUAUGGUAACACUGCAAUAGUAAACAUAUCUAAAAUUUACGAACUCAACAGGGAAUUUUUAACUAUUCCUCAGCUAGGAAUCCAUUCUUUUCUUAGUGGGGUCAAAUUGAAUGAGCCUGACGAAAUAUGGGACAGCAAAACGGUGGAUUAUUUUGCUUCGAGAGUAAGUAACAAAACAGUUUCUUGUGAAUUUUUGAAAAAGCAUGAGCAGAAAUGGGAAGUAAAUAUAAUUUAUGAUGAAAAAUAUGUCAUUAGUGAACUACUGAAAUGGACAGCAUGUUCAAAACCAGAGAAGAUAGCAUUGCAGAUACCUCAGGUUGUCUCUCAAAAGGUUAGCCCUGGUGAUAAUGAAAUAAAGAGAGGAAGGUUGGGUGAAUAUGAAGGGUCUGUGGUCCUUCAACAGUCCUACCAACAGCUGGUUAAAAUGCCAUUUGAAGAGUUAAAACCUGGGCAACUUGAAAAAGCUGAAAUACUUCAUGUUUCCCAAAGUGGGAAAUUUUAUGUCAAGUUAUCCAAAAAUAAAAAAAAGUUAUCAGAUUUAAUGGUAUUAAUUACCAAAGAAGAAAAAAACUGUUCUCUUUUAUCAGUGGAAAAUAUUGAAAAAGGUUUAGAAUGCCUGGCAAAAUCUAAAAAAACUUUGAAAUGGUAUCGAUCAAAAGUAGAAGAAAAGUAUGUUGAUGAGAAAGUGCUUGUUUUUUUAGUAGAUCGUGGUAGAUAUGAAAUAGUGCCUUUAUGUAACAUCAAGGUGCUUAGUAAUGAAAUCAGAAAUACUCCAAGACAAGCUGUGCCUUGUAAAUGGAUUUGGUUUGAAAAUUCUAGGAACAUGUCAUUUAAGACCAUUGUGUGUUUAUUCACUCAUUUGGAAAUAAACAUCCUUUUCCUGAAGUAUUUAGAGUCUGCUUGGGAAGUAGAAAUUUUGGUAGAUAAUCUGUUACUUUUAGAAUAUUUAAAUUUGAAUACAGUUCCAGUUGAAGAAAACAAACUUAGAUCUUCAGGAAUUGCUUUCAACAUUGAAUGUAAGAGUCCUGUGUCAUCCUGUGCAAUAAGAUCAUUUACUUGGGCAAAACUCCAAAAUGGUAGGCAGUAUUCUGGUAUUGCCACUGCUGUUUCUGAUCCAUCAGACUUCUGUGUUCAGUUAGAAGAUUUCUUUGACACAAUGAAGUAUCUCUUUAUGUUGCUUUCUGAUCUUCCGGAAACCUUAGAAACAUUGCCUCAAGAGCUCAUAAUUCCUGGGUCUAGUUGUUUGUUCAAAUAUGAAUUGGAAGAUCAGUGGAAUAGAGUGGAAAUUUCUAAAGUCUGUGAUCAGUCUUUACUUCUUGUGUUGAUUGACUAUGGAUUUUCUUUUUAUAUACCUUAUUCAAAUAUAAUACAUCUUAAAGUUGUUCCCGAGGAACUUUUGAAUUUGCCAAGGCUGAGUUAUCCAUGUAUCUUACAUGGUAUCUUACCUGCUACAGGGAAACAUUGGAGUGAAGAAGCCAAAAGCUUUUUUCAAGAUUUCCUAAGUAAACCAGGUUUAGUUUUUCUGUUUAGGGAAUAUAAUUUUGAAACAAAACUGAAAGUAGAUGUCAUUCAUGAGAAAAACAAUUUGGCAGAUAUAUUGGUUGCAUCUGGUCUUGCAAUGUAUUCUAAAGAUUCAGCUCAUCUCGAUGCAAUUACUGCUACUAGAUCUACUAAAAAUCAAUAUAAAUUACAGAGUAACCCUAUUUGCCCUUUGUCGGAUCAAAAUUGUUACAAAAAAGAAAAUAUAAAUUGUACAUGCUCUGAGAAACAAAAGCCAAAUAUACAGAAGUCUAUAAAGAGGAAAGACAUCUAUAAGAACUUAUUAAGGAAAAGCUGUAUUAGUAAAAGAUUACGUUCUAGCAAUUUAACACUGAGAAAGAAAGUUGCUGGUGGAAAACAUAAUCUCCAAGGCAUCAUUACAUUUGAUACAUGUGCAGCAGCUUCAUCUUGGGAACUGCAUGAUGAUUCGAAGAAUAACAUCAAUUAUGUUGAAAACAUUUCUGAAAAACUACCAACUGAUGGAAUACAGGAACAUAACACAAUGGACUUGAGAAUAACAGUAAAAGCGCUGCAUAUUAAUGAAAAAAUUAUAUCAGAAGAACACUUUAAAGGUAUUCUUAAUCUAGGGCAAAGUGAUUCUAGUAAGUUCCUCUUGGUUGAAGACAUCAGUAUUUGA